AUGUCCCUUGCCAUUUCCGAAUGCCCCGAACCAAAGGGCCGUUUCCCUCAUCCCGAACAAUGUGAUGCCUAUUUCGAAUGUGUGGAUGGAGUGGCCGAAGAGAAACUCUGCCCUGAUGGCCUUGUAUUCAAUCCUCGUGCCAAGGCCCAGGGUGAAUGUACCUACUCACCCUUCUCCACCUGCAAGGAACGUACCCGUCUCCAGCCAGCCAAUGGUACCGAACAAUGCCCCCGUCAAUUUGGUUUCUAUCCUUUGGGUGAUCCCGCCAAAUGUGGUGUUUAUCAUAAUUGUGCCCAUGGUGAAGCUACUCUCACCAAAUGUCCUGAAGGUUUGGCAUUCAAUGUUGAUACGUAUCAAUGUGAUUGGCCCGAUCUAGUUAAGGAUUGUAAUGCUGAGGCCUUUUUGGGUUUCACUUGCCCCCCACCCGAAGAAAAUGAUGGUAGUGUGAAUGUGGAUGUGACACCCGAAGGUGAAUUGCGUUAUUAUCCUCACCCUAACACCUGCAAAAAAUAUUUCGUCUGUGUCAAUGGUCAUCCACGUUUGUACACUUGUGGUCGCUAUUUGGCCUUUAACCCCGAAACGAAAUUGUGCGAUUUCUAUCGUAACAUUCCCGAUUGUUAUGCUCGCUUGAAGGACAAGAAGGAGAGGAGAUCUUAA